AUGACAACGAAAGAAAUUGUUAUUGAAGCCGGACAAGAACUACGUGGUGAUGUAGAUGAAACAUUGACAGUUGAAUUACGUUCGGGUAAGGCCGAAAUAUUCGGUACUGAACUAGCUAUUGGUCAGAAAUAUCAAUUUACAUCUGGAAUGAAAUUUUCUAUAUUUACUUAUUGGGGUUGUACUGUAAAUAUUGUUUCAUCACAUGAUGAUUAUUAUGUUGCACGAGAUGAAAAUCCAAUGCAUAUUUAUUUAAAUGUACAUGGUAUGUUGGAACAAUUGAGACAAAAAGCUGAAUCAGAAAAAACUCGUGGACCUCGUAUAAUGGUAACUGGUCUACCCGAUGUAGGUAAAAGUACAUUAUGUCGAAUGCUUGUUAAUUGGGCAGCUCGACUUGGUCGAACACCAAUAUUAGUUGAUCUUGAUGUUGGACAAAAUCAAAUAUCCAUACCAGGAACAAUUGCGACUAUGGUUAUUCGUCGACCAGCUUCUGUUGAAGAAGGUUUUCGAAUUGAUAUGCCACUUGUUUUUCAUUAUGGUUAUAAAACACCCGGUGAAAAUAUCGGUUUAUAUAAUGAAAUAGUAUCAUCAAUGGCUAUGUAUGUUAAUAUUCGAUCGGAAAACGUCGAAAAAUCUCUUAUCAGUGGUGUUGUUGUUAAUACCUGUGGUUAUAUUCGUCAGGAAGGUUAUGAAUCUUUUAAACAUGUUGCUAAAGCAUUUGAUGUUGAUAUAAUAAUUGUACUUGAUAGUGAAUGGUUAGCAACAAAAUUAAUAUCAGAUUUACCUUCGGUUAAAGUUAUAACAUUACCAAAAUCAGGCGGAGUUGUACCAAAAGAUGCAGCUAAAGAUAAAUUUCGUGAAAAUAAAAUUCGUGAAUAUUUCUAUGGACCAAAAAAUAAUAUUUGUCCACAUGUAUUUACAAUUGAAUUUAAUGAAAUUAAAAUUUAUAAAAUCGGUGCACCACAAAUACCUGACUCAUGUUUACCAGCUGGGAUGAUUUUAAAAAAUCCAUAUAAUAAAAUCUUACCAAUAGCUCCAAGUCCUGCUUUAGUACAUCAUGUUUUAUCAGUCAGUAGUUCAAAUGAUCCUGAACAAUUGUUAACAAAAAAUCUACUUGGUUUUGUUGUUGUUCAACAUGUGGAUUCAGAUAAACGAACAUUAACACUUCUUUCACCACAACCUAAUGUGAAAAAUAAACUUCUCAUUGUAUCCGAUAUAUUAUUUGUUGAUAUGAAAUGA